ACUUUAUUGACACAGAAUUAACGAAUGUUUUUGCAAAAGUUGGUAAAAGUUGUGGUAACUGCUCCAUAGAAAAAAAUCAUACCAUGUGGAACGCAACCUUAUUGUAACUUAAAUAGGAAUCAGAAUUAUUGUUUUUUUCACAAAUCUCUGACUCCACAGCCAUUCCCAAUAUGCCCAAUAUGUGAUAAAGUAAAACAAAAGAUCACAUCAAAUCACAGAACAAACAACCCGUUAUGGUGGAACACAAAUUCAAAAAAGUGGGCAAGCGACUAUUGGGAAAUUGGAAAAUGCUUUCUCCCUACUGACGGAUAUAGCAACGUUUCAUCAGUCCAGAAAUGCGACUUCAAUGGCGUGAUUAGCAUCUUGUGGAACUGCACACGUUUUCGUAAUUGUCUGUCCUCCUCAUGUCUGACAAGUCCACGAAGUGAUAAGCAACCUCUACUAAAAAUGGUCCGUCAGAUAGGAAGAGAUGUACGUCACACACCCGACUGCAAGGUGACAGAGUCUGAUCUGGAGGACUAUUUCCAGGCACUGUCCACGCUACUGACUGAUCCAAACUGCUUACAACAUGAUCACUCAGCAAUGCUUGCAUGCACAAAACUAAGAGAUUUGCAGAAUGAUCGCAUGUCCCUAAAAGAAGUGUGCGAGCUGUUGAAAGAGGUGUUGAAAGAGGCUGAUCAGUUGAAAGAGCGGUGUGAAGAGCUAUUGAUAGAGGCCGAUAAAAGACUUAAAUAUGCAAAAGAGGCCGGCGAAAGUUUUUCAAAGGAGGCUGAAAGAACCCUAGCAGAAGCUUUGCAAAAUAUAGAAUCUGCUAUACAGGCUGGUGAGCAACGAAUUGUCAGCAAGAUGCAGCUUGGGGAGCAACGAAUUGUCAGCAAGACGCAGCUUGGGGAGCAACGAAUUGACAGCACGACACAGCUUGGGGCACAAAAAAUUGAAAGCACGACGCAGGCUGGGGAACAACGAAUUGACAGCACGACGCGGGCUGGAGAACAACGAAUUGAAACAAAGGGACACGAUGUGGAACAAGACCUUGAAAGAAAAAUAAAGGAUGGGACACAACACAUCGCAUGCAUGUGCAGGAUGGUAUUGGGAGCUUGCAGCAGGCAGCGAACAAAACUGAAGCAGAAGACUAUGAACGAGGCGUAGCAGAUCUUCGACAACGUUUGAUGAGACAUUACGAUGACAAGACUUGCAAUGUACCUCUUUCAAUGCUAGAUGACAGUCUUGAAAAGCGAAUAACAGACGUAUAUGCAUCGCCUAAAUUACACCAAAUCAAAAUAGAAAAAGAUGGGAAACGCGUGAAACAUGUACAAGUACUGACCUACAAAGAACUAUUUUACACUGACGAUAAAUCCAAUCAACGUAUAUACAUACAGGGCGAACCCGGGAAAUCUACAUUUGCAGUAAAGUUAGUUCAUGAUUGGUGCAAACAAAAUCAGACUGCAUCGGCAGCUCCAAUAGAAAAUGCAGCGUUUGGAGAUUUGUUAACCAUUCACAAAUUCAAGUUGUUAUUUUUCAUCACGUUGAGAAAUUCUAGAGAAAAGAAAGGCGUGGCGGAGAUGAUAAAGGAGCAGCUAAUUAAUUAAAUGUUUUUAGAAGCCAAACGCGCCGAUGUGUACACACUUUUGCAUAAAAUAAUAGAAACUGAAACUGAAAUUUGCCUUGUAGUACGAGAAGGUCUCGAUGAAUGGGUGUCUCCUGGUAGUAAAGACCUACCUGAACCUUCCAUGGCUGGAUUUCCAAAGGAAACGUGCACAGUACUUACAACAUCUCGACCAUGGAAGCUGGCUGAUGAACGUAUCAAGAACUCACAAAUCGACAGUCUGAUAGAGAUCGAGGGGAUAAGCAAUCCAUAUUUAUUUAGUGAACCUAUACUUCGAUGCAUAAUUGAUCAGAGGAAAAAUCUAGAAGAAACAGUGAACAAAUUUAACGAUUUCGCAAAACGUCAUAAGCUCAAAUCGUUAUCAUCUUCACCAAUGUUGUACGUGCUGGUCAUAUAUAUCUGGGAACACACAAUUGAGGAACGGGAACAUUUGAAAUCAUGGUCAUUGUGUUCUCUGUACACUGCUAUGCUUGAAAGUCUGUGUAAAAAGGCUCACAGUGUCCCUGGAUAUUUUAACCCCCCACCAGUGCAAUAUUUUUCUAAUCCAAGUUACCUACAGCCAAACAUUGAACACUUAGAUAACGUAGCAGAAGUAGCGUGUCAAUUGCUCUUCUCUUCUGAAAGAGAAUCAUCGAUUGUUUUCGAUGACAACACAUUGUCAAACCAUCCUAAAACGUUUGCAGAUUGCAAGAUGUUCGCUCUUAGGGCAGGAAUAUUUACAAACAGGAAAAAUAAAUGUUGGAAAGGGAGCUCGAUUUCGUUCAUACACAAAACUGUGCAGGAAUUUCUCGCAGCAUAUCAUAUCGCCUGUAAUCCAAAUGUCAUUGAUGACAUCAUUUCCAGAUAUCUUAACUGCUACAAUGAUUCAUAUCUGGAAAUAUCGCAAGUUUUCAUAUUUUUGUGUGGAAUGAACAUUUCGUCUGCGAAUAAACUGUCGGCUUUGAUGAAUCAAUGCGACAUUGAUUAUUGUUUUCCUAAAGAGUUUUGUCCCUGUGCUUUUCAAUCAAUCAUUGAGUCUGGAAUCAGUGAGGCAUUAGCCAACAAACAGGAUGGCAUUUGCCUCAAACUCAGUCACGUUUGCUUGUAAUAUAUUUAAAUUUUACCUAAUGUAAGGCUAACUGCAUUUUUGUAAUGCAUACUACUACUACUACUACUACUACUACUACUACUCCUCCUCCUCCUCCACCACCACCACCACCACCGUUCACAGUGACAAAAACGUAUUCACACAAUGGCUGCUACUACAACUUAUAGCCCAUAUUUUUAUGGCAAAAUGCUGCAUUAGCAUUCAUAAUUUACAUUAACGAAAUUAAUUUUGAUUUUCUUGUUGUCUUAUCAAAAUGACGUAAUGUUAAACCCUUUCCCACUCAGAAGCAAAGUAAAAAUGGCUAUGUGCAAGCAGAAUAAAACUUGAACAGCCUACCAGUAACUUGCAGUCUGUUCAGGUUUCAUGCUGUUUGUUGCUCAUCGGUAUCUAAGGGUUGGAAAAGAAGCCUUAAAAUCUUGAAUCUAGUAAGAAAUGUAAUUACCUGGUUUUCAUGUUCUUUUAUAAAAAUUACAUGUUUUAAAUGAGUCACAACGGGCAAUCCCAAGCACUCCAAUUAAAAUUCAGUUAUGGUAUGUUGUUGUCGUUUGUUUUUUCGUGCAUUGUUUAGCACGCAAUAUAUGUUCUCUUGUUAUUGGGUAUCUCAUUGUAAAUGUUCAUUAAAUAUUACUUAUAAUAAUUGAUAAUUAUUGACAUUUUGACAUACUGUUUUGUUGUUAUUUGUUGUUAUCACUAUUUCUUUAGCAUAAUAUUAGCCAGUUUCACAGUUGAACACGAGAUAAAACUACUGAUGAAAAUAUUCAUUUCGGAAAAAAACUUAAGUUGCCUUUUACCCAUGCAUGAUUACAUUAUUGUCCCCUACCGGUUUCACCGGAGGGGACUUAUGGUUUGCGCUCUAUAUGUCCGUCAGUCUGUGAGUCUGUCACACUUUUCUGGAUCCUGCGAUAAAUGUAAAAGUUCUUAAUAUUUUUCAUGAAACUUGAAACAUGGAUAGAUGCCAAUAUGGACAUUAGGCACGUCAUUUCAUUUUGUUCCUACGUCAAAAAUUCUGGUUGCUAUGGCAACAAAUGUUUAUAUAAAAACAAUUCUGACAAUGGUGGAGCCGGUAGGGGACAUAUAUUGCUUGGCAAUAGUCUUCUUAUUAUAUACUGUUUAUUGAGAUCUUGUUAUUAUUAAACACUUAACUGAAACAAACAUUGCAAAACAAAAUGUGGUAAAAUAUCAAACUAGCAUAUUAAUGAGCUUAAUGCUCUACCUUGUAUUACAUCUGAAAUAGAAAAGAUGUGUCUUUAGUUGUAAAUUCAUUUUUAUUUUAUCCUUUAACCCUUUCCCUCUUAGAAGCAAAGUGAAAAUGGUUAUGUGCAAACAGCAUAAAACCAGAACAGUCUGUGAGUAACUCUCGUAGUCUGUUCAGUUUUUAUACUGUUUGCUACUCAUCAGUAUCUAAGAGUUGGAAAUGAAGCCUUUAAAACUGGAAUCCAGUUAGAAAGGUCUUUAAUAAAAUUGAACUUAAAUACUACAAAUGCAUCAAAAUACUUGUCUUAGUGGGAAAGGGUUAAAACAAUGAAUAAGGUUAGGCAUUUAACACGUUUAGUAGCAAGCUGACUAUCAAAAGUCUAUAUAUGAUCAGAUGUUUUCUGCUCAGAACGCUGCUGACUCUCGAUCAUAAGGUGUGGUGUGGGCUGUGGCACUGUAUUAUAACUUUUAUUUUUGUUAUUGACAUUUUCUUGUAAAUAAUUAGUUUGGUAAAUGUAAUUAGUGCUUGUAAGAUACAGCAACGUAAGUAUUAUUCUCUUUUUGUGUUUCUCUUAUUAGCCCAUUGUAGCAGAGGCUGCUCAUGGUUUUCUAAAGUGAUCGCCUUAUAUCCGUCCUCUGUUGUUAUUCAUUGCCUUGUGAAAACGUGACUCCACAUUAAUAGCACAAUCUUCAUUGCUGUAAGUCACAUUUUGUGCAAUGAAACUUUUAUAGUACAUUUAUCCCAAUUGUAUCUUGUCCUAGUUCAAAAUUGGGUCAUGUGGAUUCGAAAACUACGUCACUAGGUAAAAGAAAAGAAAGAAGUUUUAUGAACACUAGAGGUCACAUUGGAUCAAACGCUAGGCUGUUUGCUUAAAUUCUUAAAAAGGCUUGUGAACACUCGAGAGACAACAUUUAUUGCCUAAUCUUCAUGAACAUUUGUCCCAAUGAUAUUGUCAAGUUCAAAAUAGGGUCAAUUGGGGUCAAAAACCAGGGCACUUAAUUGUCCAAAUUAAAGAAAAAGCUUGUGAACAUGCAAGAAGCAACAAUUUGGGUCCAAUCCGUAUGAAACUUUGUCAGAACGUUUAUUCUAUAGAGUUUUUGCUCUAAUUGAAAUAUGGUUCUGGUCCAUCGAACAAUAUGGCCGACAUGAGGCCUGUGAGUUUCUUUAUAUGGCUAAAGUAAAUCAAUCUGAACACUAUUAAAGUCAAAUUGUUGACCCACUCCCAAUAUAUGUUGCUAAAAACAUGAAACAAAUUGUGUUGUUGUAAUACCUGGGAUGAGUUACAAAAUGUGUGUGUUUUUUUAAACAUAAAGUUAUCUUAUACAAACAAUUGCAUCAAUUGCUGCAGAUCCACAUACAUAAUAAUAUUAUUUAUUUUCUGCUUCAUUUAUAUGUCCCUCUGGUCCAGUAAGCAAGAUAGCCACCAUGAGGCCUCAAAGAUAUCCUAAUGUUGCUGUAGUGAAUUGAUUUUAACAGGCUUGAAGACAAAUUUUUUACCAACUCAUGGAAGUUGCUUAGAACUUAAAGCAAAUGGUUUUGUUAUGACACCAGGGAUGAGUUAAAAACUUAUUGUGUUUCCUUCCAAAACAUGGCUGCAUGUAUUGGGGUAGUUGUUCUUUAUAAGUCUUUUGUAAAACUUUGUGAACACUACCAGAUCGGAACAUUUGAGUUCCCCGGGGUCUCAGAUGAGUGACUUAGGGUCUUUUGCUGGCUUGUACAUAUAUGCGGGUAUUCUGAUUUACUAAUGUUUGGCUUUCUUGGUGUGUCAAUUUUACUAAACUGCAGCUUUCGAUAUUUACUUUAUCUGUGUAUUAUAUUAUUUGUUUAUGCUUUUUCGGAGUUUGCAUAGUUAUAUUGUCAUGUGAUUUGCUUUUAAAUAAUGCAAGUUAAAUUACAGAAGUCUUGUGCAAAUAUGUUGCACAAGUUUAACGCAUACAUGUAACUAAUAAUCGGCUCACGUCAUUUUGAAUAAUGGGUAAGUAAUAACAUAAAGUCGUCAUAUACAGACAAUGGCUUCAAAUGCUGGAG